CCCCUCCAACACGGCUAGCUUCCCCAGGGACCCGUAAGCGCCGGAGUGAAGGAUUCCGCUGAAAUUAAAUUCCCAUUGGGAAUGCACCCCUUGAGCCCGAUCACUUUUGCGGGUGUUCGCAGAAUUAUCACACAUUGCAAUAACCUGUCACUUUAAAAUGUUUUCUUUUGUAAAAGGUUAGUUUAAUAAAAAUGAUUUAUUGCACCCACACACACGUGUUGGCUGUGAGAUUGCUUUUUCUCAUAUCACAUUUCAUUUUUCCACAGCUGUGGGAUUUCAAUUUAAGCGAGCAAUUGGCUAACUUUAUAAUACGUUAAAAAAAGGUAGACUUAUCAGUCCAAUAGUCAUAAUACCCCGUUCAAAGACUUUAGUUAACGAUUAGCUUCGUCCAGUUGUGGUCCCCCUGCUAGCUCCCACCGCGGUGCUCGGUGCGAGCGCCUCUGAAAAUGCUUUAAGUAAAAAUGAGGCGAGGUCAUCGCUUUCUGAGUGCAAAACAUGUCGCUUGGGCAAAAACAUGCUCGGUUUGUUUUGUCUUAGUGAGGACGUUUAUUCGGGCUCCAGAACAAGGAGUUAGUGGAAGGUCUUGGUUGCAGUCUGCGUUUUCCAGACAUGUCUUCAUGAAGGAAUCUUAGAUUAAAAACAAGUAGGAAGUUCUUGUCUGGUUAACUUUUCCAAGAAAGUCGUUUCUUUACUGUGAGAUGCAACAGGCGUUCACUGGAUAUUAAAAUCAAAAAACAGAUCAUGAAAGACGACAACUUCUCUGUAGAAGAAGAGGAGAUGCAUUCGUUCAGAUGUGAUCAAAGUGAUACAGUUUUGUUUUCUAAUGAAGCAGAGAGGACUACAAGACCUGGCUGUUGCAGGUGCCAGGCUCCAUGCUCACUAAGUGUGGCUGUCAAAGUGCUGUACAUAUUUUUUAGUUGUCUCAUCAUAGCAGUUGCUGUCUUGGCAUCUGUAGUGUUCAGAAGGGUUGACUCCAUAACCGAAGAUAUCAAUGCGGCCCAAUCAUUUUACGAGACAAAGAUUAGCUCUGUACAGAUGAACAUUAAAGAACUGGAUCAGAAAUCCAUCAGCCACAACUGUUCCUCAUGCCAUGAAGCCUCUCUUUUCGCUCAAGAAGUUGUCGACUUGCAGAAGGAGUUUGAGCAGAUACAGCAACUACUUCUGGCCCAAGAGCCGGUGCUGGACGAGACCGUGCAAAAUCAUCGGACGCUGUCCUCCGACCACCGCAGAAUCACAAAAGAGGUUACUUACUACUCCUCGUCUAUUGAACAGAUCAAUCGAACUAUGGAACGAUUUACAGUGAGGGUAAAUGGCAUCCAAACACUUGUGCAGGAACUUAACGGGUUUAUGAGCAGACUGUCGCAGGACCAGUACAAAAUAAGGAUUGGAGUACAACAUAUUAACUUCACCACCAACCAGAAUUCUUUGUGGCUUGAGGAAAUUCGAAGAAAAACCAAUGAGGAAACCUUAAUAAUACAAAAGAUAGUGACAGACUGGCAGAACUCUUCCAAAGUAUUUGGAGUUUUACGGGCUGCAGUGAGCAAGAUGAACGACAUGGUGAAGAGUGUUCAGAAUACCCUGAUAAUCACACUCCAAAGCAUCUCACAGAACUCUGAGUUCAUGCAUGACUUGAGCUUGCAACUGCUGUCUGCACAUGAGCAGUUUGAGAAUAUAUCUAGCUACCUUGACGACCAUGAAGAGAAUAUUCAGGACAUUCUUUACCACGCAAGGUACUAUGAAAAUAGGACAGCUGAGAGGUUUGAAACGAUCAUGGGGCGAAUGGUUUCUCAUGAAACUGAAAUCAACACCAUAUUAGCCAACAUCAACGCCACUAACAACCAUGUACACAGUAUGAUCAAAUACAUCAGCGACGUGAGGGCAUCCUGUUCCAGUGGGCUUGGGUCACAUUCAGAGGACAUCUAUAACCUCAACCUUUCUCUGGCCAUUAUUCAGGGCACCACCAAUAUGCUAAGGCAACGCUAUAACCUGUUGAGUGCAUCACUGAGCAAAGAGAUAAGCAAGCUUGGCACUGUGAUGGAAGAAAUGAAAAUUAUUGAUACAAAACACGGAGAAGCGAUUAAAAACUUCACCAUUCUAAGAGGUUUGCCAGGACCCCCAGGGCCGAAGGGAAACAGAGGAGAAGCAGGAGUAAGAGGAAAGGUUGGACCUGUUGGAGUAAAAGGCGACAUGGGCGACAUGGGGCCCACAGGCAAGCGAGGUCCACGAGGUUUGGAUGGAAACCCUGGCAUUCGUGCAGAGAAGGGUGCAAGAGGCCCAGUAGGAGGUCCUGGUCCUAAAGGAACGAAAGGCAGUAUGGGGAGGCCUGGUGGCCGAGGGCAAGCAGGCCCGAAGGGAGACCAAGGACCUGAGGGGAAGCCAGGACUACCUGGUCCCAAAGGGAAGGAGGGAAAGAAAGGAGAUCCUGGAAUUCCUGGCCCUCAGGGACCAAAAGGGGAGGUGGGGAAGAUGGGCCCUCCAGGGCCCCCGGGUCUGUAAACGGAAGCAGCUGAUCAAACUUGCAGUAUGUUAAUUAUAUAACCUUGUAUCACUAAACUCAUUUGACUUUUAAUCAAGCAUGUUUAAUGUUGAAGACAUGAAACAAAUUCAUUUAAACUGAGACAGUCACCAUCACUGAUAUGUGAGCUCCUGAUCUACCAGCCAUUUUAAGGAGUCAAUGUGGAAAGGAGUGGUACACAGUGACUGUCAUAGCAGCAGCUAGAUGGUUGGCUGGUUCACUGCUAAAAGACGAAUGGUUUCAUAGUCAAGCAACAUAAAAACAGGCCCUUCUGCCCACUUUCACCAUGCUGACCAUCAGGUUCCCCGUCUGUACUCAUCCCAUUUUCCUGCACUUGCUCAAUAAUCUUGUACAUGGAACAGGGAACAGGGUGAGCAAAACUGUGCUUAGUGCUCCAAGCGAGGCCUGACCACUGACCUGUAUAACCACAGCAUCAUGUACUUCGUGCUUUCCGAGCGCCAAGUGUCCUCUCCCCUCCAUGUACUUACCCUUUCUUUCAAGUCUCUCGCUCUCUCUCUCUCUGGUCUGCAGCAGAGAGAGACAUUUACAGAUUUCUACCCUGUCUGUGCCAUUCAUAAUAUUGCACACCUAAGUUUUCUCAGCUGCAGGGGAAACUUGUAGGGUGCCUGGAGUCUGAUCAAGUUUUGUUCGUGACCAAACAUCUCAGCAUGCCGAUGGUUUAGCUAUAAUUAUUUCAAUUUAUAUUGUGGCAAGCAUUCAGCACACGAUGAAAGACUAGAGUAAAGUAAACACAAAAUACUCUGCAGUUGCUGGGGUCAAAGCGACACACACAACACUACCCCUAGUGCUUUCCCCUUACCUUCUAUCUUCACCUUUCCUGCCUAUCCCCUCCCUGCUUCCCCUCCCCCACCCCUUGAUCUUUCCUCUGUUUGGUUUUUCACCUGGCACCCACCAGCCUUCUCCUUCCCGCCCUCCCCCCACCUUCUUUAUAGGGCCCCUGCCCCCUCCCUCUUCAGUCCUGACAAAGGGUCUUGGCCUGAAACGUUGACUGUUCGUUUCCACGGAUGCUGCCCGACCUGCUGAGUUCCUCCAGCUUGUUGUGCGUGUUGACAGAUGAGAGAAGUUUGUUUAGCUCAACUGCUUGUUUUAUUGCGAUAAGCACAAAAACACACCGGGUGCUAUUACCUGGGGAGCAAACCCAUUCAGUCACAUACAGAUAGAGGAUGUGAUUACCACACGCCUCCGAUACAGUCAGUAUGACCCAUAGUCACACGAGUGAAUAACUGUAUAACCCAGUAAAUGAAUAUCAAAGCAUUUUAAAAGAGUGAUAAACAGGAGUGACAGAGUGGGCUGUGGAGCACACCUCCGGAGCCCCACACUGCCCCCAUCGGAGGAGUCCGCUGUUCCCGGCACCCCCGGAGCCCCACACUGCCCCCAUCGGAGGAGUCCGCUGUUCCCGGCACCCCCAGAGCACCACACUGCCCCCAUCGGAGGAGUCCGCUGUUCCCGGCACCCCCGGAGCCCCACACUGCCCCCAUCGGAGGAGUCCGCUGUUCCCGGCACCCCCAGAGCACCACACUGCCCCCAUCGGAGGAGUCCACUGUAUACAGCCCUGAUCCACCGUGACACCAGUGUGGUGAGCAUUUGAUCCACCAUGACACCAGUGUGGUGAGCAUUUGAUCCACCAUGACACCAGUGUGGUGAGCAUUUGAUCCACCGUGACACCAGUGUAGUGAGCAUUUAAUCCACCAUGACACCAGUGUGGUGAGCAUUUGAUCCACCGUGACACCAGUGUGGUGAGCAUUUGAUCCACCAUGACACCAGUGUGGUGAGCAUUUGAUCCACCAUGACACCAGUGUGGUGAGCAUUUGAUCCACCGUGACACCAGUGUAGUGAGCAUUUAAUCCACCAUGACACCAGUGUGGUGAGCAUUUGAUCCACCGUGACACCAGUGUGGUGAGCAUUUAAUCCACCAUGACACCAGUGUGGUGAGCAUUUGAUCCACCGUGACACCAGUGUAGUGAGCAUUUGAUCUACUGUGACACCAGUGUGGUAAGCAUUUAAGCCCACUCCUGACACCAGUGUGUUGAGCAUUUAAUCCCACUCCUGACACCAGUGUAGUGAGCAUUUGAUCCACCAUGACACCAGUGUGGUGAGCAUUUGAUCCCACUCCUGACACCAGUGUGGUGAGCAUUUGAUCCCACUCCUGACACCAGUGUGGUGAGCAUUUGAUCCACCGUGACAACAGGGUGGUGAGCAUUUGAUCCCACUCCUGACACCAGUGUGGUGAGCAUUUGAUCCACCGUGACACCAGUGUGAUGAGCAUUUGAUCCCACUCCUGACACCAGUGUGGUGAGCAUUUGAUCCCACUCCUGACACCAGUGUGGUGAGCAUUUGAUCCACCGUGACACCAGUGUGAUGAGCAUUUGAUCCCACUCCUGACACCAGUGUGGUGAGCAUUUGAUCCCACUCCUGACACCAGUGUGGUGAGCAUUUGAUCCCACUCCUGAUACCAGUGUGGUGAGCAUUUGAUCCACCGUGACACCAGUGUGAUGAGCAUUUGAUCCCACUCCUGACACCAGUGUGGUGAGCAUUUGAUCCCACUCCUGACACCAGUGUGGUGAGCAUUUGAUCCCACUCCUGACAUCAGUGUGGUGAGCAUUUGAUCCCACUCCUGAUACCAGUGUGGUGAGCAUUUGAUCCACCGUGACACUAGUGUGGUGAGCAUUUGAUCCCACUCCUGACAUCAGUGUGGUGAGCAUUUGAUCCCACUCCUGAUACCAGUGUGGUGAGCAUUUGAUCCACCGUGACACUAGUGUGGUGAGCAUUUGAUCCCACUCCUGACAUCAGUGUGGUGAGCAUUUGAUCCACCGUGACACUAGUGUGGUGAGCAUUUGAUCCCACUCCUGACACCAGUGUGGUGAGCAUUUGAUCCACCAUGACACCAGUGUGGUGAGCAUUUGAUCCCACUCCUGACACCAGUGUGGUGAGCAUUUGAUCCACCGUGACAGAUGAGAAAAGCUCAUUUCGCUGAACUGCUGUUUUUAUUGCGACAAGCACAAUAACAGACAGAGAACAACAGCUCAGUGAGAACUAACUCAGUCACGUACAGACGGAGGAGGUGAUUAUUUCACUCCCAGUUACAGUCAGGGUGACUCACAAACACACAAGCAAACAACUGUAUAGCCCAAGCUAAAACACAGCAAAAAGUGAACUUGAACAUCCCACCGUAAUCCCACAAACGCAUUUUAAAACAAGAACAAUAAAUAACGCUGGCCACUAGGAAUGCUGUGGUGGGCUGUCAACCACAUCCCAGACUGACACAACAUAAAAGAUAACCAAAUAUAUAAGGACAGUGACAUCAAUUAAAAUCCACCCUAGGGUGAGUCACUGCAUCAGAAUGGGAGGGACAGCAAAUGAAGAUUAUUAGGGUAAAAACUGGCUGUCAAAACCUUCAGUUUGUAUUUAUAAAAUAGACCCUGGUGGAGCAGUAUCAUUGUGAGGAAGCUAUUUCUGGGUUCUGUGACCCUCAGCUCUUGCAGGCAACCACCUAAAAGAUGGUUCAUGAAACUGAUUGCAGGAUUGAAAGGUUUAUCAUAUGAGGAGCGUUUCACGGUUUUGGGCCCGUACUCAGUGGAAUUCAGCAGGAUGAGGGGGAUCUAGGAAUGAGGAUUGAACCCUAUCCAAUGUAGAAAGGCCUCAACAGACGGAAUUGCGGAGGAGUCUAAGACAAGAAGACACACCCUCAGAAUGGAGGGAUGUCCAUUUAGAAUGGAGUUGAGGAGGAAUUUCUUUAGACAGAGAGUAGUGAAUCUGUGGAAUUUGUUGCCACAAGUAGUUGUGGAGGCCACAUUACUAGGUAUGUUUAAGGCAGAGGUUGAUAGGUUCUUUAUUAGUCAGAGCAUGAAGGGGUGUUGGUAGAAGCAGGCGGGAGAUUGGGACUGAGAAGGAAAAUUGGAUCAGCCAUGAUGAAAUGGUGGAGCAGACUCGAUGGGCCAAAUGGCCUAAUUCUGCUCCUAUAUCUUAGGAUAUCCUCCAAUUUGAAGACAUAAUGCUUACUUUAGGCCCUCUCGGUGUUGUGAAGUCACACAGGACCCUUGCCUGAUCCAUCCAGGGUUUCAGCAGAUCAUUGAGUGACCUUAUAAUGGACAUAAAAACAUCACUACUUUCGUAUCAGGAGAACAAGAAUAUCUUUUGACUUCACAAUUCCUCUUUGCCAUCUUUUGGGGCUGGCUUUGGGCUUCUGCACUGAGGUGAUUAUUUCAGUGGUGUUGGUUGUCUAUCAUGUCCAACAGUGACAGGAUAUCUAUGUGGGAGAGUUUUUAAAGUGGAAAAGCUAUUGCACUGGGUCAGUUCCACUCUCUUGACCUCAGAAGUCAGGUCCAGUGGUGUGAGCAAGCGUCACAGUCUAGGGCCUUCCUAGGUUUCAAUGGAUGACCAUGACAUCUUCUGUGCCUUGUUGUGCCCCUCUCUCCCUAUAAGCACUGCAAUACCAUUUUCCUGGCUGUUGGAUCUUACUGUAAAUCUCACCCACCCAGUCUGCUGGAGCUAAUGUUGCCUGAUAAGACAGGCAGGUCCCUAUCUCACCGGGCAUGAGGCCCUCGAGCUACAGUCAGCCUGGAUUGGCUGCCUGCUGAAGCAGUGUACUGGCGUGUGGCUGUCGUCACAUGCAGACAGCUACGUGGAGCCACAGGUGAGAGCUGAAUGUCUGGUGAGGACUAAAGGUGAGUCAGCUGCCCUGGAGUGGACACGACAAGCCCCUUCACCCCUCCCUGGCCACUCCAUUCACCCCAGUAUUUCACUAUAGACAACCUAUUUCUUUUUAAUUAGCAAAAUAAACUUUAUUCACAAUAAAAUUAUUUACAAGAAUGAGCUGUUCAAUACCUUUACAUUUUAUAUUGUCGAUAUUUUCCAUACUGUUUAAACACUGUGUGUGUUUAACUCGUGUGGCACUCUGGGAUUUCAGAUUAAGGAAAUACUACCGUAAUUGAGGGUCUUCCACCCCAUCAACAAGCUAUCGCCUGACAGAUUUCUCCCAAAUUAAUAGUAAAAAGGCUUUAACUCAAUUUUCACUCAGUCUUAGGACUUUCCAAAUCAGGAACAUCACAGUGCAGUCAGGUAUUGGGUACCAUUGAAUGUAGACACCUGUAUGCUGUCAGUGUGACAGAAUAGUCACGGACAGUUUAAAAGUACAUUUUCACUGACUUAUUCUGCUCUGAACACUGACGUGGUGUGACACUAUAUGUCUAACAUGUAAAUCAUAAAUGAAUUUUGCCAAAUGGCAAAUUACUAUCUAAAUAUCAAAUUAUUUUAAAUUGUUUUAAUUUUCAUCCACUUCUGAUGGAUUAUUAGUUUGCACAGAUUUUGCAAAAUUCUUAAAAUGUUCAAUUUCAGAUGAUAGAAUUGCUCUGAAAUUUCUACUGGGAAAGAUAAUCUCAUCCUCUUGAUCACAAAAACUAUUGGAAAAUUAAUGUCAAAGCAGCAAUGAAAAUGUACGACAGAUUGCACAGCUUUGAUAGAUUCAGAUUCAGAUUUAUUUACUGAGAGAAGGCAGGAGUUUGGGGCUGAGAGGGAAAAUGGAUCAGCCAUGAUGAAAUGGUGGAUCAAACUCAAUGGGCCAAAUGGCCAAAUUCUGCUCCUAUAUCUUAUGGUCUCAUUUAUCACAUCCCCAUUGAAACAUUCAGUGAACUGUAUGGUUUGUGGUAGCAACCUACACAGCCAAGAACGUGCUAGGGGCAGCCCACAAUUGUCUCCGCACAUUCCAGCACCAACACAGCAUGUCCACCACGCUCAGCAGAACAACACAGACGAAACACGACAAAACAGAACAUACCAAGUGGCAAAGCAACGACAGCAAAACAAGCCCGUUCUUCCCUCCCAAUCAGCCUUCCCUCUAAUAUUUUUUACAGCUGCGCGGACCACCCAUUGCUCUGAGCAAGAAAUUUUUACGUGGCCUGAGAACUGCGCGGAAUUUUAAAUGUUUUUUUGUAGACAGUGUCGGCGUGCAGCGGACCAGUGUUUUACUGACAAUGAGCUACCCACUUCCAGUCUGUGUUCAUUGUUACAAUAUGUAACAAUUGUAACUUGAAAUAUAUGUUAAAAGUUUCAAAAUAAAGGUUGUAGUAUGUUUAUUAUUUAGAAAGUGUAUGGAUUAUAAUCAUUAAUACAUAAGUAUUUCACAAUUAUAUUAACAUAGAUUUCAAAACUAUAUUAGCAUAAUUUCAAAAUUAUAUUUACAUUAUAUAAAAGAAAGUUUCAGCUGCUUGGCAACCAAUGCUGUGUGUGCAGGAGCAUUUCAGUAACUGUGCGGCCACGCACCUGUACUGCUUAAAGGGAACAAUGUCCCAACACACAAACACAGUCCUCUAACCCGACGACAGACAGAAAUGCUACUGUUAGUUUGUCUAAUUUGAAACUGUUCUAGGGUGGCAGGACUCAUCCAUUUGGAAAGGUGUUAUUUUUCUCACUAACAAUCACCUCACUACUAAUCCAACUGCCCACAAAACACAGAUUAGAAUAUAGGCCUCCCCUGUAUUUCAAUCCUGUGACAAUGUUGCUGAAUGCUGUUGCUUUAUUCUCUGAUAUAAAGUGCUCUUACUUAAACCGGUAAAACCAAAGAACAGAGUUCGGCCAUUCAGGCCAGCAAGACUGCUCCACCAUUCGAUCAUGGCUGAUUUGUUGUCUCUCUCAACCCCAAUCUCCUACAUUCUCCCCAUAACGUAUGACCCACUUACUAAUCAAGAACUUAUCAACCUCCACUUUUAAUAUAACCAUUACAUUUUUGUUUGGAAAGCAAACAUCCUUUUGUUAAAAUGCAUGCCUGUUACUAAGUAUCGUUCCAACACACAUGCCAAAUAUCACUGAGCUUUGACUUUGGUAAGAGCCAGCUGAAGUAUUUAUUUCCCCGGGAGAGUAAGCAUCUUCAUCUCCCCCAAAUGAUAUCUUCCCUGUCACCAUCACCACUACCAUAGCAGACAAGUAAAACAUGUAUCAUGCACGCAACCACUAUAAAAGCUUUCUCCAAAACUGACAUUAACUUAGAUUAUCAAGGAAGGAAAUAUGUUGGUAUUAAAUUACAACAAAAUGUGAUCUGAAUCAAUAUGAAGAUUUGCUUCUGUAUUUGCUGAAAAUUUUAUUGAAUUUAAACAGCAGCUUGAAAAAUAAAGCUUUGAAGAUCCGCCACAUUUAAUAAUUUCAUCCAUUACAAUUCACACUCAGUCAAUAAGAACAAGGAAGAAGCAGUACAUAUUAUUUGCAUGCAUUUAUUACAUAUUAAUUUUCUGAAGUACAGAAGUAAAAUCUGUGAUGAAAAGUUUUUAGCAAUUAAGUGCUGUUUUAUAUACUUUCCAUUUGUUACACUGCAGACUGGUCAUUAGUCAAGUUUCACUAUUAAGGUAACAGAUUAUGUAAUCAUGUGAUAUAUUUCAUUUUAUUUUUACGGCCCAUUACGCCAUUGGUGUUUAGGGCAGCAAUGAAGGCCCUCCGUCUCUGCCAGGGUUCAGGGCUUCCUUCAUCAUGUCAGUAGCUUCCUCUUGGUUUUCACUACUGUCAGUCAUGCAGGUCCCGGGUGGAGACUCAGGAAUACCAUCGCACUCAGAUGUAGAAGGAGUCUUCAUUUGUGUUCCUGUCACAGUUUUGUUUUACCAGUCAGGGUUAUUAGCCCUGAGCUGAACCCCCGAACCUGGAGGACCAGCAGAGCACUCUUAAUCUGCCCUCUACCCUUUGACCUGUUUGACAUGGGUGACCCUAUCAAGAGCCAAAGCACUAGGUCCUGACUCCAGCCAACAUAAAUCUCCGGGUCAUUGAGUCACGCAAGCUUCCAAACCACAAUAGGGUUGUGGUCCUCUUGUCAUUUGUUAUUCUAAAUACCAUUAUGAUACUAUAUUCAGAACAGUGAAAUGCAGCACAGACACACAUUCAGGCAUUUAAAGGAUUAAUCAGGUUAAGUUCAGGGAGCUCCUAAUACUUAAAUCUGUAAGGCCUUAAUCUUUUUUAAGGUUUGAACUAUUUUUAACUUUACAUCAUAGUUGUGUAUGAUUUCCACAAUAUGAAGUAUUGUUUAAUUGUAAAUUGAGGAUAUUAAUUGGUUUUCUUAUUUGUAAUUAUGUAAAACUGCAGCUGGUUUGCAUGCAAUUAUAAAUGUCACUCAACUCAUAUAAGCUUUGUAACCUGUUAUUAUGACAAGGUAUCUGAACUUCUGGUCAAAUAAAUUCAGUAUGUCAUACUA